GAUUGCGGCUACACGCUGUCAAUAACAAUAAAUCGGUGACGAGACGGAAGUGAAUUAGUUGUUUUAGUUUGGUGUCGUCGUCCCGGGUUGACGACACAUCGUCGACGUUUAAACUAGCUACCGGCAGGUCGGACGACUUGAGGGACAAAGGUUAAUUUGAUGGCCAUGGACUAUAUGACAGACGAGGACGUUGACUACUACGGAGACUACGAGGAUGACGAUAUGCUCGUGGAAGAAGGCGAUGCGACAUACAUGAGCAUCACGGAUAUUUUCAAACAAUGUUUGGAACCCACGUUGACCGAAGCGUUUGGUCAAGUAGCUUGGAUGUUGUGCGCCUGUUUGGCAUUAAGACUGUUAAAUCAUCAUUUGAACGUGGGCCAGCGGGUUGAUCACAUUCUCUCAGUAUGUUUAGGAUUGGUAGCUUUGGUGUCAGUGGUGGGGGGAAAUGCCAUCUUUACCAUUGUUCCAGCAGUAAUGGGAUACUUUAUGGUAUCCACUUGUGCCAAAUCUUCGGGAAUUUUGCAUUCUCAAAUCGCUACAAUUGUUUUGGUCUGCUAUUUGGUUGUAAGAGAGUAUGUUGGCAUUCUACCUGAAUCUUGGGAGCAGGUGAGAGGAAUUCAAAUGAUCAUCGUUAUGAAAAUUCUCUCACUCUGUUUCGACAUGGGGAUCGGAUAUCAAACCACACUCCCAUCAUUUGACCAGUAUUUGGGCUAUAUAUUUUGCCCAGCAAAUUUAAUCUUUGGACCUUGGAUUCCUUUUGACGUAUAUUGUCGACUAUUUGAGGGACAAACUCAGACGAUCUGGUGGGUGUUGCCGGCUUUUGGGGCAGCAGUUUGUUCUUUCUUGAGUCUUGGAGUCAGCUCUUGUCUCCUUUACUGGGUAUUUCUUGGCACCCAGUCAAGAUGGUUGCUGACGUUUCGAGACGCUAUGGCCGUUCGAUUUAGCCACUACUUUAUUUCAUAUCUGUCAGAAUUAUCCUGUCUUCUAACCGGCAUUGCGAAUGACUCUGUAAUAACCGUGACCGAGCCGUGGAGAAUUGAAAUGCCGAGGUCUUUAGUGGAUGUCGUUGUAUGUUGGAACAAGCCAAUGCAUCGGUGGUUAAGAGUUUACAUAUUUCGCCCAAGUAUAAAAUGGGGAACGUUCCAAGCUGUACUCUGGACCUUUGCCGUUAGUUCCAUGCUUCACGGGUUGAACUUCGGUCUCACAUCUGUUCUUUUGUCACUCGGAUUGUACACGUAUGUGGAACACACCCUCCGUGAGAAGUUGGCCACUAUUUUUAAUGCAUGCAUUCGGAGUCGUAAAUGCCCAGCAAAUUGUUCACACACGUUCAAGUCGGAUAACUUUACAGUCUUCAUGAUCAACGUUAUUUUUGGACUGCUAGCUAUUUUUAAUUUGGCCUAUUUGGGCGUUAUGAUUUCUAAAAGUCACAUUGACACAGAUGUACCUCCCACCGUGUUGGAAUCAAUCAACGAUGAUCUGAAAAAAUGGAAAGACUUGAAUUUCCUGAGCCAUGUAGUCAUGCUAUGCAUUUAUUUAGCGAGUCUUGUAAUUUAAGAAAAAUACUUCUUCUUCUCGUCUUAACUCCAUUUCUGGAGAUAUGCUUGUUUUUGAUAUUUGUAAUUUUAUAUGUUUUCCACAACAUUGAGCAAAGACUGCCAUAAAUUGAUUAUUAUACACAAACGAAUGAAAUGUGAAAUCUCAGACAUGUAUUAUCCUUUCUUGUAUUAUCUUUUUAUAUCUAUUCCACUCCAAUCGAAAUAUGAAAUUUUAUUACCAUAUGUAUAAUUAACUAAGUAAUUAACCGUACAAAUAGACGCAAUAAACAUGGAACAUUUAGUAUUCCUCGA